GAAUCAGUGAGUUGUGCUUAUCCACAGCGGAUUUCGGACAAGACGCGGCUCUAGUGAUGAUGAGUCGGAGGUCGGUGGCUUUGGGUUCCGGCGGCUGAAGGCGAUCGAGGUCGGUCGGAAGCCCGUGAGAUGCGACGUCCGUCAGAUUGGAUCGGAAGACUCGGCCGGGCCGUCAGCUUCAACAGAGACCAAGUAUUUGAACCGGUAGCUUCGGAUAUAUAAACUAUUGUCUCAUCUCACUUACCUACACAGUUAGAGCUAUUUCUCCCUUAGCCAUUAUAAUGCCGUGCACAUUUUUGGCUCAAUGAAGGAUUGAGGGGAAAAGCCAGAGUCGUACGCCAUGUACGACAAGAUCCCGCCAGGCGUCGUCAUAUCGUACCUGGCUAACAGACCGAAACCGAUGAACCAUGCUCGGCUCUGUUAACGGAGCCAGGCUGACUCGAGCAACAGGCAAUAAGUCCCGACAAUCGGUGCCGCGCAAGCAAAUUACCACGAGUCCAUAUAAGAGACGGACAAUCUCACGUACUCGUAAUAGGCUCGUCUUACUAUACUUUGCAUCCAGCACUAACCACGAAUACAAUGACGUUUCAAAGGCAGCAGAGUUUCAGGGGCUUGUUCUUUGACGCUUAUCGCGAACUGACUUUGGUGUGUCAACAGUAGAACAGAAUAGGCAAGAUUUCUCGAAAUGUCUAGUCUUCUCUUCUUCCAUUUGAGUGCAGCCAAGCCAAGCGCGUGAUGGUAGGUCGCUUGUUAGUCGGUGCUGUAAUGCAUAUCACCCAUCACAUCGCAUCACGUCACGCGCCAUCCGCAAGCGUCGAUUGAGCAAUUGAUGUUGAUUCUGAUCUGACCAGAUAAAGAAGAGUUGAUGAUAUAUAGAGAUGAAAUCAGAAGAAAGAAUUGUUAUCUGAAACAAUUCUAUUGUUAUACUUUGGUGUUACUUGGCUGUCAAAGUCUAAGAAUCAUAAGCACAGCCCACUUCUUCCACUUCUCAGCUGGACAGAAUGUGCGAGUAAGUCCGAAUCUGAGUCGUAGUCGUAGUCGCCGUCGCUAUCACAAUUGAUUGAUACUGAACUUAAUAGGUUUGUUUAAAUGCUCCCUAUCCCGCCUCUUACGCCGAUUUCUCUUCUACCCCUUCUACUUGUUCUUCUGAGCCUACCCCAAGCUCCUUUCUUUGUAUUCCACUGUCACUUUCACUCGUUGUUUGUGUAGCUGCUGGAUCUGCAAUCUACUAACUGACGUACGACGUGCUCGAUUAUUUCUGUCGCUUUUUGAGAGACGAUGCCUCAUCCUCUGGUGGCUACAGGUGCCGUAGUCGCCGUUUCGGUCGCUAUCGCCACCACUAUUGCCAUUUUCGAGUCGCCAGAAGUGCGACGAUACGCCGACGAUGUUCGCCGGAGAAUAGCUUUCGCCCUCCACUCUAUGGGCGAAGGCAUCGAACCUCCCCACCGUGAGCCCAGGUUUAAUAGACCUGAGGAUGCCGAUGGCUUCUUCGAGUCCCGUCGUGGUGCUGGUGCCGAAGCUGGUGUUGACGCUGAUGAAGAAACUCGCCGACGACAACGUGAGGAGCUGCUUUAUUGGAACUCGGUCAUGCUAGAGAAGCAAGAGAAGGAACAAAAGGGCAAGGAAACCGACGAGAAAAACCCUGCGACCAUGGAUUCAUCACGACGAGGCUCUUCGUUUGAUGACUUCCUUCGUCAGGAUGAGGGUGCUGAACGAGGCGCUUAUGUCUUUAACACUGGAGCUGAUACCCGCGCAAUGGAUGACGGUCUGCGACGUCGUGGCGACGGUUCUCGCGGCUUCUCUUCUCUCUACACCAACCCUUUUGCCGACGAACACAACAUUGAUCAAGACGAACUGAACGACGAUAUUGAGCAAAGCCGCCAUCUUUCUCCCGCCCAAGACGAAAUUUCCGACAUCUACAGCGCCACUACCCAGGACCGAGAUGAGAAGCCCGCUGCUCUUAUCGACACUGACCCCACCCCCGCCCUUUCUGAGACAGCUUCUUCCGCCACCCUUGAGCGUGAAAUCGGUGUCGACGAGUACAUGACCGCCGGACAAGAGGACCGCGACGAGGCUUAUUCCUCAAUUCAGGCCUGGGCGCAAAACACCAGCCCCGAGUUUUACUCUCCUCUUCCCGUUACCCCCAGCGCCCCCAUGUCCGAGCCUGAAAUCAUCAGCGACGACGGCAUGGUGACACCCACCGACUCUGUAUCUCUCGUCGGUUCCGGAGAUGAUAUUGCUAACGAUGCGCAAUCAUCUCGUGAGGGUGAGACUGGUCGCUACUUCGAUGUCAUGAGCGAGAGCUCUGGCAUGGCUACACCCGCUAGCUGGUCUGAGGUCGGCAGCGUCAUCAGCGAGAGCGACGCCCACAUUCCUGUACACCAAUAAACUCUGUCAUGUGGGAGUUGUAAAAUUACCAAGUCGGAAUAUAGGUAGGAAAGCCAGUGUAGGAGCACGAUUUUGUUUUGAGAGUUAUAUAACAGACGUAUACAGACGUUUAGGGUCUGAAUUCUUGGGUUUUGUUUUUGUCUGGAGUUGGAGUUCAGGUUGCGGUAGCAAACUUAUAUCCUUAGCACCUGGCUAAUCUCGUUUCUUUAACAAAAUCUAUCGACUUAUCUAACUCUGCUUGCUAUCGUAGGUGAACGCCUUAUAUGCAUCCGUGAAUCACUGUCGACGCCUAUAUCCAAUGUGUAUCUGUAUAUAUACUACGACUCAAGCUUCUCUUUGUAAUCGCCCCAGAGUUGCUCAACCGGCCGCCCAACCAGUUCGGUCCAGAACGGCUUCUCUUCAUAUCUCUGAAUCCGUAACUUCUCAUUCAGGCGGCGAAUAGUUCCCUUUCCAAACCGCUCCUCCAAGUAGUCCAGGAAAUAGGCCGUUUGCUGAUAGCCAGCGUCCCACUUUCCAUUGCUGUCGCGUUUCCAGUGAGGAGGACUGAGAAGGCAGUGAAGUCGCACCCAGUCUGCGAUGCCUUCAAUCAGACCGCCUGGACAAGUUCCAUGGCCGUUGUACUGAAGGCAGUGAACGAGCUCAUGAGUGAGCACACCGUUGAUUUCUUCUGUACGACGAGAUAUGGGGUGGAUGUUGGCAAUAUACUCGACUGAGAAGUGAAUCUCCUUAUGAUCGCUGUCCAGGUCAGAGCCAGUGGUGUAAGCUACACCUGACAUGCUACGCAGGAUCACCGUCACAGAUCGUGUCGUCGGGAUUGUUGUGGUAGGACACGUGGGCGAUUCAUACAGAAGCGCCAGUACAUGCUGGGCCGCCUUGGCGAGGCAUUCCGCGGCAUUGACAGAGCUAAGAAAAACCGCAGCCCCGGGGUGAGAGAGGUCGCGACACUCAAGGCGUAGCUUGGGGACCUUGAACUUGCCGGCGCCGGGAAUAUCGGGGCCAUUCCGUGGGCCGGAGGGAGUGGGUACUUGGAUCGCCGGUGUCAUGAUCGGGGCCGGGGAGAAGAUUGAGGCGGGGGUUGGAAUGGGAGUGACUGGGGGAAGAUGAGGCAUAUAUAAGUGCGUGGUGGUGAAUCAGGGAGAGGGUUUAAGACGGGCGAACCACGAUUUUGAUGUUAGGGGUUGGAGUUUGGCGAGAUGUUGAAGUUAGAUGAGGAUGGAAUGUAACGGAGGGGUUAGAUUAGGUUAGAAAUGGAGGCUUGCUGAGUGAAGAUGAAAACGGCAACUUUAUGUGAUCACAAAAAAUCACAUAAUCGAGCCUGUGAGAAGAGGACGAGAACGGCUCAUGCGUGUUACUGAGAUAUCAUGGGCAAGGUAAAACAAUCAAUG